AGAAAUUACUAUCGCACAAUUGGUUUUAUGACUGUAUCUAUAAUAUACAAAUGGAAUCCGAUGAUUCAGAAUCGGAAUCUCUUUUUACCUUCGGGCAGUUGGUCAAGUUGCUUGGUAAGGGAGCUCCACCUCGGAAGGUUCGUAAGAGCAAUGCCGCUGAGCGUAAUAUCGAAGACUUGGUGAAAUUACUUGAGGCUUCUUUAGCGGCUGAUGGAGAAUCUGAGCCGGAGAACUUCUCUGGCGAGUCAACGGAGGAUAUUCCUGUUGAUGCAAUUGAGUCGUUUAACAUGGGCUACGAGGAUUACCUCAAGGCGACUGAGCAAAAGACACCCAGUUCAUCGUUUGCUAUACCACAUUUUAAAAGUCAUACUUUCAAGUUUAUGACUCCCGCUCUUGAAAACGUACUUAAAAGCUCCAUCGUUCCCAGUGUUUUAACUCAACCUGCGUUAUUUGGUCUACAUCAAACUCUUACUAAGCGUAUUUCCAAGCUCCAUCAAAAAUCAGAGUUAGAUGAAAAUGUUCUUAAGGAUAGAAACCGUUUACGUUAUUUAUUUCAUUGCCUAAACAGUUAUGUUGACAUCCACUACGCUGGUUGCAAGGUUGGAGAUUUGGCAUCAGUACGCUUCCUUUAUGCUUUGCACACGGCUAAUCACAUAUAUAAGAGCCUGUCGUCUACUGUGGAACAGUCUGAUGGUUUUACGCGACCUCGUGUUCUAUAUCUCUGUGGUUUAAAAUGCAUGGCUGCUGACUUCAUUAACCAUUUAAUUACGCUGUUUACUGCUAAUAAAGAGGACCCGAGGUUUGACAAGUUUAUGGAAGAGUACUACCUACCUGAUGAUGAGGCAUCAGCACAAGAGUCUAGUUUCCUUAAAACCAAGAAGUCAUUCGACUUUGUUGAGACAUUCUCAGGUAAUCAGGAGGAUGCUUUCAAAAUGGGUCUUCAGUAUCAAGCUGGUAAAUUACGCCUAUACACUCCUUUUUACAGUAGUGACAUCAUUGUGGCAUCACCUUUGGGUUUAAAAAUCUUGAUUCAGGAAGAUGAGGAUUAUGAUUACCUAUCUAGUAUAGAAGUGAUUCUUAUAGACCGUCUAGAUGUCCUGAAAUUCCAAAAUUGGCGCUUUUUCAUGGAUGUUUUUGAAAAGCUUAACCAACCGUUAAAAAAAUGGCGUGAUGCUGAUGUUAGUCGUCUGCGCCACUCCACAAUCGAUGGACAAAGUGAAUUGUAUCGCCAAACAGUAUGUGUUUCAUGUACAGAACAUGCUAUAUUCAACUCAUUCUUCAAGCGUUUGCCAAACCGUCGUGGCGGUAUAAAGUUGUCAUCUAAACCACGUAAUGAUUUUGUUCUUUUAGGUUGUCGUAUGGGUAUACAGCAGCUAUUUAUUAAGGUUUCUGCAUCUAGCGUUAAGGAAUCUGAAACAGCUUUGCUUAACUACUUUCUUAAAAGUAUGUUGACUGGACUUCACGGCGUGGGCAAUGUGCUGGUAGUUCUUGGGGACUACACUCACUUUUUAAGGAUACAAAAUGAUUUGAAGUUGGCCAAUUUCGAGUACCUUCCAUGUCACGAAUCCACAACUGGAAAGCAAAUGCUAAUUGCUCGACAGCAAUUCCAAUCAGGCAACGCAAACGUUUUAAUCACUACCUCCCGUUUGCUAUUUUUCAAACGUUACUUGAUCAAGGGAACAAGCCGUGUUAUAUUCGUUAUACCACCGGACUACCACGAUCUCUAUAGGGAAGCAUUCCGUAUGAUGGACUUAUCGAAAAAGAACUCUAUCGUGACUCUAUAUACACGUUAUCACGCGCAACAGCUGGAACCCAUAGCUGGCACUGAAAAAACCAGCAAACUGCUUUCUGCAGAUGACACUAAGGUCACUGAGUUUUACUAACAUUUAUUAUAGUGAUAUAAAUUUAGGGUUUAUAU